AUGAAUAAUCUAGGGCACAGGAACCCAACAAUUGAUCGCUCUCCCGCUUCUUUUAAGGUUGCAGCUCUUUGUCCCGCAGUAAGAGGCAGGACAGUCAGGAUUACCCCGGAUUCAGCCGGGUUAGGAGCAGCUGUAGUUUCGGGAAAGGUGUCUCACUGGUUAGCACCUGGGGCUAGGGAUGUUUCAGUAGGUUCGUCACGAGCUACAUUCAUUCCCUUAUCUAUCUAUAGAAAGAAGAAGUUUCAUCUUACACAACGUCCAGACAUGGUCGAAUAUGAGAAAGAAAUCCUAGCUUCCAUAAUAAGGGCACAUGGUGAGACUAAGAGGGACUUACUGUUCUUAUGA